AUCCUCCUAUCAAUAUUUCUGGUACGGUGAUGGACUAAAAGAUUGGUCUUCUCUCCACCAUUAAGUAUUCUAAACAAAGAUGGAUUCCGGCAAUGGUGUUUAUGAAGUUUAAAGCUUUUAGAGGUUCAUGAACUAAUACAUGAUCCUCAAUAGCAUAAGCCAUUAGCCCAUUACAGUAUUUCCAACAGCAGAGCUCCUUCAAUUCAAAGCAUUGAUGGCUAUAUGAAUGAAGGUCAUUUGUUCUUCCACCUACAUCCUGUAAGCAUACAUUGAUGGAAGUGAAAAGGGAAAGUGAAGAAUUUAUAAAGGGAGAAACUUGCCUUUUCGGGUUUUUUCCCAAAAUUCCCAAAUCCAAUAAUGUUGUUUACAUAAUAAUCGGUUCAUAUAACUAAAUAAAAAACUUAAAAAUACAUCGUAAAAACAGGAUAAAAUGUGUAGUAGUAGAUGUCGGGGAGAGAUGGUGCCCACGUCAUUAAAGGGUGACAUAAUAGCUUCUCUCUUACUUGUCAGCUGCAAAGUUGAAGCCUUGAUUGAAUUUACAAUGCCCUUUCAACGAACUCCUUAUUUCAAGGACAAGAAUUCUGGGGCAAAGGCAUGGGUUUGUUUCGUAAACUCUUUUACAAGAAGCCACCUGAUGGCCUUCUGGAGAUCUGUGAACGUGUUCAUGUUUUUGAUUGCUGCUUCACUAUUGAUGCUUGGGAAGAAGAAAACUACAAAGUCCAUGUAAAUGGAAUAGUUAAUAAUCUUCACGGUCACUUCCCGGACGCUUCAUUCUUGGUCUUUAAUUUCCGCGAAGGAGAAAGCAAAAGCUAUAUGGCCGAAUUACUAUCCGAGUACGAUAUGACAAUAAUGGAUUACCCUUGUCAGUAUGAAGGGUGUCCAUUAAUCGCAAUGGAGGUGCUCCACCAUUUCUUGAGAUCAUGCGAAAGUUGGCUUUCGCUUGAUCAGAACAAUUUGUUACUAAUGCAUUGCGAGCGGGGUGGUUGGCCGGUUUUGGCUUUCAUGUUGGCUGCAUUGCUUAUAUAUAGGAAGCAGUAUAGCGGCGAGCAGAAGACAUUGGACAUGAUAUACAAGCAAGCUCCGAGUGAGCGUUUGCAGUUGCUGUCAUCCCUGAAUCCAGUGCCUUCACAAUUGAGGUAUCUGCAGUAUGUCUCAAGGAGGAAUGUGGCUGCUGCGUGGCCUCCUUUGGACCGAGCUCUAACCUUGGAUUGUGUAAUUCUUAGACAAAUUCCAAACGUUGAUGGAGAGGGAGGUUGCCGUCCUGUAUUUAGAAUAUUUGGACAGGAUCCUUUUCUUGUUGCUGAUAAAGUUCCAAAACUUUUGUACUCAACCCCCAAAAGAAGCAAAUAUGUCCGGUAUUAUAAGCAGAAAGAGUGUGCGCUUGUUAAAAUUGACAUAAAUUGCCAUGUUCAAGGUGAUAUUGUGGUUGAGUGUGUCAACUUGAGUGAGAAGGAAAGAGAGAAGAUGAUAUUCAGGGUUGUGUUUAACUCAGCUUUUAUUAGAUCAAACAUUUUGAUGCUCAAUCGUGAUGAAAUUGAUGUAUUGUGGGAUGCUAAGGAUCAGUUUCCAAAAGAAUUUAGAGCUGAGAUUCUUUUUUCGGAAAUGGAUGCUGCUGCUUCCAUUACUUCCAUGGAUAAUUUUUGCUUUGAAGAGAAAGAAGGACUUCCUAUAGAAGCAUUUGCCAAAGUUCAAGAAAUGUUUAGUAAUGUUGACUGGUUGGAUCCCAGGUCAGAUGCUGCAUAUAAUAUGCUUCAACAAAUGGGUGCAUCAUCCCAAGAAAAGUCCGACAGUGAGCGGAAUAGCAGUGUUGACAGCCCUCGGUUUGGGAGAUUAAGUCCUAGAAAGCUUUCGGAUGAAAAAAAACUGUCAUCAUUACCAGGUAGCCCGAGGAGUCCGACAACUAUGGGUCUGAAGACUCUGGUUUCAGCACCCUCAGAAAAGUCAUCUCUUGAUUCUGAAGCACAUAAGGAGGCUAAGCCCCAGGACUCUCAAAUUGCAUCAUCCAGUCAACCUGAUGCCCCACAGUCUGCUGAGAUAGCCAAAGAUCAGCCUUCAGAGGUUUCCACUUCUAUGUCCUCUCCAGCUUCGGCAGCAGCUUCAACCGUGACAGCUCCUUUAGCACUGGCUGGCAAGGAGGACCAAGUGAUCCCUACUAAAUCUCCACUUUCUAAAACAUCACCUGCCAAGGAGGACCCUGAGGUUAGAGUGAUCUCUCCCGCUACAUCUCCACCUCCAACCCUACCUGUUAAAGAGAAUCAAACUAUCAACGACAUAACUACAGAAGCAUCGGCAUCUUUGGAGGAAAGUUUAGCUCAGAGAGCAACAACUCCAGCAGCACGAACACCUUCUCCUGCAUCUCCCUUGAGUAAAACUGAAGUUGGUAAAGAUGGACCUCCUGCAGUUCCUCCUCCAUCACCGGUUAUAGCUGAGUCUCCUGUUGCUGCCCCUUCACCUCCUCAAGUUUCAGCUUUUAAGGAAGAUGUAGCUUCUACGGCUGCUCCUCCUUCUCAUCCAUCACCUCCUCCUCAUUCCAAGCAAGAAGCAAGUCCAGCUGCUUCAUCAUUAGUACCCCCAACCCCGCCGCCGCCACCACCAACCCCAACUGAUGUAUCAUCAGCAAACCAAGCAGCACCCCCACUCUCACCCUCACCCUCACCCUCAACUGGUUCAUCAUCAGCACCCCCACCCCCACCACCGCCACCCACUACUGGUUCAUCAUCAGCACCCCCACCCCCACCACCCCCACUCACAACUGGUUCAUCAUCAGCACCCCCGCCACCCCCUGCUCCUUUUGGUAAGAAGACGGGUGGUGGACCUUCAGCUCCUGCACCACCACCUUUGCUUUCUUCUGCAAAUUCAAAGAACAGACUUCUUUCACGUUCUAGUAAUUCAAAGAAUGACAAGAAACUAAAACCAUUGCAUUGGUUGAAGUUAUCCAGAGCUGUGCAGGGAAGCCUAUGGGCUGAAGCACAAAAAACGGGUGAAGCUUCCAAGACUCCUGAGAUUGACAUAUCAGAGCUAGAGAAUCUAUUCUCAGCAGCUGCUCCUAAUACGGAUCGUGGUAAUAAACAAGGUUCACGUACAGCAAAAGGACCAAAAACUGAAAUAGUGCAACUGAUUGACCACAGACGUGCAUAUAAUUGUGAAAUCAUGCUUUCAAAAGUGAAAGUGCCCUUGCCUGAGUUAAUGAGUUCGGUUCUCGCCUUGGAGGAAUCAGCAUUAGAUGUUGACCAGGUUGACAACCUCAUAAAAUUUUGUCCUACCAAAGAGGAGAUGGAACUACUGAAGGGCUACACUGGAGACAAAGAUAAGUUGGGAAAAUGUGAACAGUUCUUCUUGGAGCUAAUGAAAGUCCCGAGAGUGGAAUCCAAGCUCAGGGUAUUCUCUUUUAAGAUUCAGUUUCGCUCCCAGGUUUCUGACCUUAGGCACAGCCUCAACAUUGUAAACUCUACAGCAGAGGAGAUCAGAAAUUCUGUCAAAUUGAAGAGAAUAAUGCAGACAAUUCUUUCGUUAGGAAAUGCUUUGAAUCAAGGAACCGCAAGAGGUUCUGCCAUCGGAUUUAAGUUGGACAGCCUUCUUAAACUAACAGAUACACGUGCACGGAACAACAGGAUGACUCUAAUGCAUUACCUUUGUAAGGUGCUUGCUGAUAAGCUUCCAGUUGUACUUGAUUUUUCGAAAGAUGUUUCGAGUUUAGAACCAGCAGCAAAGAUACAACUGAAAUUUUUGGCAGAGGAAAUGCAAGCCAUAAGCAAAGGAUUGGAGAAAGUUGUUCAGGAACUGUCGAGUUCCGAAAAUGAUGGACCUGUGUCAGAUAGCUUUCGUGAGAAAUUAAAAGAGUUCCUUUGUUUUGCCGAAGCCGAAGUGAGAUCCCUGGCUUCAUUAUAUUCCGGGGUGGGUAGAAACGUGGAUGCAUUGAUUCUUUAUUUCGGAGAAGAUCCAGCUCGAUGUUCCUUCGAACAAGUUACUUCAACUCUACUAAAUUUUGUGAGGAUGUUUAACAAAGCUCACGACGAGAACUGCAAGCAGCUUGAACAAGAAAUGAAAAAAUCGGCGGAAAAUGACAAGUCGAAGAUGCAGGAUGAAUCGAAAAACAUAUUACAAACUUCUAUCAAAAGCAACAAUGUCAAAUGAUUCAAACAUCAGCAAACUGCCUUCUCUUCCCGAGAGACGGUAGGGGCAACCGAACAAUGACGGUGUAGGAAUUCUUGUCGAGAACCGAUACAUCAUCAAACAAAAGUGAAAUGUAAAUAUCAAAAGUGCUGCAUUUCACCACGAACUCGAUGCUUCUCUAAGGCAAGCCUUAUACUAACACAUACCGAUCCAUUUUUCCGCCAUUUCCCGAGUUUUGAUUACCUUAAUACUAAUCACUGACUUAGGUCUUUUUAUCAUUUUCUUUUUGUUGUUGAAGCAGAGAUGGGGAGUUAAAGUUAAACUACUCAGUUACUAUAGAUCAACUUGUAAACUAAUCCACUCAAAGAACUAGUAAGUAGUUUUUCAAGAAAGAUUCUGGGGAUUGUGAAUCUCAUUUUUCGUUUCCCUGAUCAAAAAAUUUUGUUUAUUAUUCUAUUCUUUUUAAUUUUAUUUCUUAUGAACUUAACAAAUAAUUGUAGAAACUCUAUAUGAUUAUUAUCUGCCAUAUUUAUUGAUGGGGCUCUUACAAAUA